CGUAAUUAUAAUCACUUUCGACCUCAACAUGGAAAAAGAUAAGAUUGCAUGUCUUAUCUACCCCAUAAGUUAUGAGCAUCUCUACCAAAUAGGUGUAAAUUCUUCCCAAAAGACUCCAUUGCCCCCCUCUAGAGUUUAUCACGCAACUUCUUUGGUUGAUGGCAAUUGCCAACGGUAGAGAGUGGAUAGGGAGACUGGUCUCUAUCUUGAUAGAAUGGCGAUUUAUAUACCGAGCCCUGAUUCCAUGUAUUUUGAAAAUGGCUCGCUCGUCUUUUAUCCUACUCCUAGCGCUAACGUGAUACUAUCUCGUGCUGCUGGAAUCUCCAGCAGGCUACCGCUACGAUGUCUUCCCAGAUACCUGGUGCUCAAUUCGACAACGAAAGUUAUAAGAAUGAUGAUCAAACUUCAGAAUCGAAAAGAGGAAUAGAUGAUACAAUUGACCCCUACAUAGCUAAUCUCGAGGGAGAAGGAAUCGAAAGUGAAAAACGGAGGCUUCGGGAGAAAGUCGAGGCUGUUGAACUUAUUCCUACCGAGGCUUUUCGUUGGAAUGUUGACGGUGAUCAAUCUCCUUGUGAGUUCUCCAUAGCUGUAACAUGUGGUUUACAGUCUACUGACUUGAUUCAUUUAGUUCCCGAGGUCGCCGCUUGUGUGCCGAAUACAGAUGAUCCAAGUAUUCCUUGUAGUAGUAAGUUGGAGCUGUGCUACUUUACAAUAUUUGUUCUCGUUGUUCUAACUGUGUAGCUUUUCGUGCUUGGUUUCUCACUACCGUCUUUGUCAUCGUCUUCGCUGGUGCUAAUCAGUUUUUUUCCUUACGAUACGUAUGUGAAUCUUCCUCUACUUAUCAUAUACUUCUCACCAUACUGACCUACGAUAGCCUUCUCUUAGCAUUGGAUACGUCGUGGCGCAAUUGUUAGUCUUUCCUAUUGGACGAGCAUGGGAGAAAUUACCUCGAUGGAGACUGCCACUCGGUCCACUAUCCUUCGAUAUCAAUCCAGGACCAUUUUCCAUAAAAGAGCACGCCUUGAUUGUCAUUGUAAGUUUUCUAGACAUCAUAUUUCCGGUCUGUCUUUUCUUCACAGGAAACUAAUAAUCAUAAAGUGUGUGAAUAUUAGUGCAAGCGCUGCUUAUGCUAGCGGAGCCUUGGUAGCAAUCAUCAGUCCUGUGUACUGGAAGCAUGAUAACGGCGCGGGUUUCUCCUUCUUGUUUCUCCUAACAACGCAAAUGCUCGGAUUUGGUCUAGCAGGUCUUGCCCGCAGAUGGCUCGUCUACCCUGCUGCUCUCAUUUGGCCUUCCUCGUUAGCAUCGACUGUUCUUUUCCGAACUUUACAUGAACCACAGGAGCACUUCUCGGCCAAUGGUUGGUCUAUUUCUCGAUAUCGAUUCUUCUCCUACUUUACCAUCAUUGCCUUUGUUAUUUUUUGGUUUCCGGAUUAUCUGUGGACUAGUUUGAGUACAUUCGCUUUUAUCACUUGGAUAGUUCCAAAGAAUCAAGUCGUUAAUACUAUUUUUGGUAUGAAUUCCGGUCUCGGUCUACUACCAAUUAGUUUCGACUGGACCCAGAUUACAUAUGCUGGUACUCCUCUGACAACACCUUUUUACAUCACUUGCAAUGCGUUCGCUGUGGUUGUGAUUUUCUAUCUAUUUCUAUCGCCCAUUUUAUAUUAUAGCAAUGUUUGGAAUAGCGGAUAGUAAGUUUUCAUAUCACAUAUUUCCACUUAACCCACAAUUAACGAAAACAGUCUCCCACUACUUUCCUCAGGCACUUUCGACAACACUGGUAAAGCUUACAACAUCUCCCGCGUCAUGGAUGAGAAUCUUGACUUUGUUUUGAGCAAAUAUGAAGAAUACUCUCCAAUGUACAUCUCCAUGUCGUACAGCUUGACCUACGCUCUAUCCUUCGCUGCUGUCACUGCAAUAGUAUUCCAUACCUACCUCUACAACGGUAAAGAAAUCUGGGCCAAGUUCAAAAAUUCCCGGUCAGGCGGUGAAGAUAUCCACAAAAGGCUCAUGAACAGCUACAAGGAAGUACCGGAUUGGUGGUACGCCGUCCUCAGUCUCGUCGUAAUCGGCCUCGGUAUCUUCACAGUCCGAUACUGGGAGUCCGGUCUACCAGUCUGGGGUUUCAUUGUCGUCUGUUGCGGCAUGGGUAUCACUCUCAUCGUACCCGAGGGAAUUCUCGAAGGCACAACCAACCAGCGCAUCUUUCUUAAUAUCAUCGCCGAGCUAAUAGCAGGAUAUGCAUGGCCUGGUAAACCUAUCGCGAACAUGAUGGUUAAAUGCUAUGGAUACAAUUCCGUUAAACACGGUAUGGAUUUCGCUCAAGACCUCAAACUAGGUCAAUACAUGAAAGUUCCCCCCAGAGUUCUUUUCGUCGGACAAAUCUAUGCAUCUGUGCUAGCAACAGCGACGCAGACGGGUGUAUUGAGAUGGAUGAUGGGACAUAUUCCAAAUCUGUGCAAUCCAAAAAAUACACAAAGAUUUACUUGUGCGGGAAGUAAGGUGGUCUAUAAUACUUCGCUAAUCUGGGGUGCUAUCGGACCUCAGAGGAUGUUCCAGGCGGGAGAGACAUACAAUAGCAUUAUGUAUUUCUUCCUCAUUGGCCCGAUUGUUACGCUUAUUGUUUACUACAUCUAUCGCAAGUAUCCGAAUAGUUGGGUUCGGUAUAUUAAUGUCCCUGUCUUUUUUAACGCGGCUGGAAAUAUUCCUCCGGCAAAUACUACACAGUAUUCGCUGUGGUUUAUAUUUGGAUUUUUGUUCAAUUUCUGGAUAAGAAAACGCGCUUUUGCGUGGUGGAAACGUUAUAAUUGUAUGUACAUUCCUUAUUCUUAAUCUCUGCCCUCAACCCUCACCCCUUACCGCAAACUUGAAUUAUUCACAUCUAACACGCACUCCCAUCUAGAUCUCCUCCAAGCAGCCAUGGAUACCGGAACAGCACUUGCAACCAUCAUAAUAUUCUUCGCUCUCACAUACAAUAAUAUAACACUUACCUGGUGGGGAAAUACCGUGGGUUCAAACACCGACGAUGCGAAUUCUGUACCGUAUUUGAAAGUUGCUGCUGGUGAGCACUUUGGGAAAGGUCCGGGCCAGUUUUGAUAGAGGUAGCAAAGAUGCUUGAGUGAUGCGGAAUUUAUUUGGGCUUUGGGUUCUUGGUGAUAUGUAUGUGUUGUCUUUCAGAGGCUUCCGAUAUUCAAUUAGAGAAUACAACAUUUGGAAGUGCAAUAGCGGAAGAGCAUAAAAAUUUCCCCGGAUCCUUUGUAUAUGAGGAUUUAUAGACUUAAUGCAAAUAUAGACACAAAAUCGUUAUGAAGACCUCGAUAAAUCUUUGCA